AUGGAUCUCUAUCUAUUAGCAGAGCUCAAGACUAUCAGCCUAAAAGUAACAACAGUGGACAUGCAAAAGCCACCUCCAGACUUCCGCACCAACUUCGAGGCAACACAUCCGCCGAUCCUCAUCGACAACGGCCUGGCAAUCCUCGAGAAUGAGAAGAUAGAACGGCACAUCAUGAAAUCCGUGCCUGGUGGCCACAAUUUAUUCGUACAGGAUAAAGAAGUAGCGUCGCUGAUCGAGAACCUGUACUCUAAGCUGAAGUUAGUGCUGGUCCGCAAGGAUGAACAGAAAUCGGCAUCCCUGCGUGCACAUUUGGGACGUAUUGAUGGGUUGCUGGAACGCAGGGGGACAAGGUUCCUGACAGGCGACACCAUGUGCUGUUUUGACUGCGAGCUGAUGCCGCGCUUGCAGCACAUCCGCGUCGCUGGAAAAUACUUCGUCGACUUUGAAAUACCGACGAGUUUCCGGUCACUAUGGCGUUACAUGUAUCACAUGUACCAACUUGACGCGUUCACCCAGAGCUGUCCUGCUGACCAGGACAUUAUUAACCACUACAAGUUACAACAGAUAGCAACAAAAGGUUUACUAUCUCCAACAUUGACGCGGCAAAGAAAAGACGAACCAACUACGCCGGCUCUUAAAAUGAAGAAACACGAAGAGUUGGAGACUCCAACAUUCACGACGUCUAUUCCAGUUGACAUCAACGAUUCAAAUGCUGAAGAAUAA